UUUGGUAAGCACAACACUAGCCGGGCAAUCAAUAUUUUUGAGGUUAGAAUUUAUGAAAAUUACAAUUUCUGUUUUUCAUACAAUUUAAUGUUAAUGAAUUAAUUUCUGAAAGUGAUUCAUUAUCUGAAUAGAAAUUAAAAUCUAGGACAGGAUUUCAAAUUGUGACUCAUGAUGUCAGACGUCGAGGAGCCUCCGUCAAAGAUUACGAAGAUUGAACUGGAAACGAGCCAGCCACAUGAUGAGUCGCUGGAAACCGCUGAGCACGGCCAGGAGGAGUGGCUCAGUGAAGAGGUGCUCACUGACGAGGACUACAACCAGACCUUGGAACAAGAUGUCUCCCAAGAGGGCAACACCAGCCAGGACGACUCUCAGUUCAGCAUGGCAGAGAACUCCCUAGACACUGCGGACCAGAUCAACAAACUCGAGGAGCACCUUGACGAAUACCAAGAAGAGGAUCGGCUGACCGAAGAGGACCAAACAGUUAUGGAAGAAGAAAGAUUGGUUGAGGAAGACCAAACAGUUAUGGAAGAGGAAAGAUUGGUUGAGGAAGACCAGACAGUUAUGGAAGAGGAAAGACUGAUUGAGGAAGACCAAACAGUUAUGGAAGAAGAAAGAUUAAUUGAAGAGGACCAAACAGUUACGGAAGAAGAACAUACAGUUACGGACAAGGAUCAGUCAGUUACGGACAAGGAUCAGACAGAAGAACAUGUAGAUAAUGUUAAACAAGAAGUUACGGAGGCAGAUGUGGAAGAACAGUUGAAUAGUCUGGAAAAUGUUGAGAGAAAGGAUAAAGAAGACAAAAAACCUGGUGAGCCUUUGACAGCAGACCUGGGCAUGUUCCUGGUCCGCAAGAGCGACGGUCAAGUGGACGUCAUGACUGAACGGAAGGACAGCAGUGAGUUUGAACCCUCGGAGAAGCAUUCUGAUGAGGAGGAUGAUGGGAAUAACACGGAUGAGCUGCUGCGAAUGCUGGGCGAAGACAACAACAAAGCGAAGAAGGCGCAACUGUCCAAGAACGGCAAGAAACAGCUGACUGUCAAGAAGGAAGAUGCCGACUCGUCUGAUUCAGAUUUUGAGGGAGCCCUGGUGACGACUACCAUGAAGGUGGCCAAGAGAGUGCUGAUGAACAAGAAGCCGGCGAGGAAAGCUGAACCGGAAGACAUGAGUGACUCCGAACAGUCUGAAGAGGAAAACCGGGCGAUGGCGGACGCAAUAUCCUCGAGACACUACCAAGUCAAGAAGAAACUGAACGUGGCUUCGAAAAGCACAGCCAAAAGUUCGAUAACUAGUCGAAACAUGUCCAGGACUAAACCCAAGACCGGGCUAGUGUCUGCGCAGAAAACUACAUCGAAUUCAGUGAAAAAUUCGGUUAAAAGUGUUGCAAAUGGUUCUAGUGUUAAAAAGACAACUAAAGUUCCAGAGUUAAGUCCUAAGAUUAGUGAGAGAGCUAAGAGUUUGUUGCAGAAGAUGAAUUCGUCCAUUAUUAAUAAUGGUGAGUGUAGAUUAGUAAUCAUGUAUUUACUUCCGCGAUAUUUUAAAACAAACUAGAUGGAGUGCCAGUGC